AUGCUGGAGCCCACCUCCAGUGGGGUGGUGGUAGGGGAGCGGGGCUACCAGAUGGCAGAACAGGUGGCCCUGGUGAUCGGGGGAAUCAUUGGGGGGCUGCUGCUGCUCCUGAUGAUUGGGGUGACCUGCUGUUUCUGGAAGAAGCUUUGUGCCACCUUGGCCUAUGAGGAGCUGCCCGGCACCACAGACACUGCCAGCACAGCUGUCUCCAGCGGAGAUGGGGACAGGAGCCCUCAGAGCAGGCCACCAGGUGUGCCAUUUGUAGUGCCACCUUCCCUCCACGGCCAAGACUGGGUGCCUCUGAGCAAUGGAGAAUGGGUCAAGGCCCCAAGAGCCCCCAGCCCAGCCUCAGAGCUCCUGGCCCACUCUUCCUGCAGCAACCUCGGGGUUGCCUGUGUGGUGGGCACCAUCAACCCAGAACUGUAUAAGUGCCCUGAGGACGAUUGUGAGAUUGAGUUCCCUGAGGGCUGCCUGGGGCGGCUGUGGUUCUCAGUGGAGUACCAGCAGAAGGCGGAGCGCUUGCUGGUGGGCCUGAUCAAGGCCCAGAAGCUGCAAGCCCCCUCCGAUACCUGCAGCCUCCUGGUGAAGCUCCAUCUGCUGCCUGACGAACGGCAAUUCCUGCAGUCUAAGACCAAAUGCAGAACCACCGACCCACAGUUUGAUGAGCACUUCAUCUUCCAGGUGUCCAGCAAGAGCAUCAUACAGAGGGUGCUGAAAUUCUCUGUGUACCACGUGGACAGGCAGCGGAAGCACCAGCUCCUGGGCCAGGUGCUAUUCCCGCUGAAGAACGAGACCCUGGCGGGUGACUGCCGGCGUGUUGUCUGGAGGGACUUGGAGGCCGAAAGCCUAGAGCCUCCUUCUGAGUUUGGUGACCUCCAGUUCUGCCUGAGCUACAACAACUAUCUGAGCCGCCUGACCGUGGUGGUGCUGCGAGCCAGGGGCCUCCAGUUCCGGGAAGACAGAAGUGUUGUCAGUAUUCUUGUCAAAGUAUCUCUGAUGAACCACAACAAGUUUGUCAAGUGCAAGAAGACGUCGGCUGUCCUGGGCUCUGCUCACCCAGUGUACAAUGAAACCUUCAGCUUCAAGGUUGAGCCCGCUGAGCUGGACACGGCCAGCCUCAGCCUGACUGUGCUGCAGAGCGCUGGGGCCCACGAGAGCCGUGAGCUGGGCCGCGUGGUGGUGGGCCCCUACAUGUACGCCCGCCGCAAGGAGCUGGAGCACUGGGAUGCCAUGGUCAGCAAGCCCAAGGAGCUGGUCCGGCGCUGGCAUGCACUUUCCCGAAGCCCUGAGCCCUGAGCCAAGCCCAGGUCUCAUCUCCACGUCCGGAGCCAGCUUGGUAAUUCCUGACCAGCCACAGGCAAGGGCCUUCCACACCACACCUCCCAGGAUCAUUAGCCUGCGGAGCCAGGGGAGUGUGUGCAGGAUGUGUAGGAGCGAAGAGAAGAGAAGCCGCGCUGGCUCGGGUCAACAACUGAGGCCAAUGACUCAUGUGUUCUUGAGCCCAAGAAACCAACCUACCUACCCCUACUCCAUUCUUUUUCCAUAUGGGGGCCCCUGUUGGGAGAAACUUGCUAGGAGCCCUGGUCCUCUCAGACCCGACUUGGACCUCUACCACUGGGAAUGAAUAUUCUGAAUACAGAGCUGUGUGUUCUGAGUGGAAGUGCAGGGGAAAUUUAGGUCCCUUAGUAGGCUACAGACAGGCUGAUGCUCCACCUACUCUGUCUUGUUCUCGUCUUGUCCGUGCUAUCCUCUACUUUCUGCCUGGCAGGAGAAGCAUACUGCUUGGAGAGUUUAUGGGGGGAACUUCGUCUAGACCCUAAGAAAGAUCACAGCUGGGGAGCUGGACCCUUCUUUACCCCGAGCUGCCUAUGGGGUGGGUCUGGGUGAUGUGGGAAACCUGGCCAUCACAGCAUGCCUACGUGUCUCAGGAGAGAAUUCUUGGAAGAUGUGUCCUGCCCACCUACCAAGGAGUAGCAGUCUCCCCAAACCUCCUUAUGAGGGAAGAAUAGCCCAGCCUGGUUCAUCUCUGCUGUCUAUAUAGAUCACUCACCAGGCUCUGACAAAUCUUAGCUUCCUCAUAGCUAAACGCUUCCCACUUCUGACUUUAUAGGUGUCCUGUAGGUAUUUUCUGUGGUCACUCUAAUUGUGUCCAGCUUCUGAGGCUCCUACUCUCGGUAGGAAAUUGUGAAUACAUGUGUCCAAAAUGUAGGGGGGUAGGACUGACCCUUCCUUCUUGAAGACCAGACAUUCUGUUAAGAUGAUUGUCUCCUGCUGGGAUUGGCAGGAUGGAAAAUGGAAUUUCCCACAAAUCCUUGCUUGUGAAGUUGGGAUGCCGGGCAGGGACACGCGCUGUGCUUGGCCCUGUUCCCCAGCAGGCAGUUUGCAUUCUCAUCUGGAUGGAUGCUGCAGGCCCAUCUCACUUGGCGGAAGUGGUGCCUGUCUUUGCAGAUGCGGUGAGUUGUUGUCUGUUGUGUUGGAUGCUGCUGAGUCUGUUCCGUUGGACCCGAUGUACAGCAGACCUGUGCCGUUCUCACAACCAUGGCUCUGCUGGCGGCCAUCGUGGAAGCCAGUGUGUCCAUCCGGCUCACUGAGGCUUCCCCUAGCUUUCACAGUAUGGCUACAACAAAGCUUGGAACCAGUAUUUGUCUCCCCCUCGUAUUCAGUGAACAUCUUCAGUAAAGAGAGUCAUGAACAUUGA